AUGAGCGCCGCUCUUUCCCAGGCUGGUCUUCCGAUGGAACAUUCGGGAAGGCGCGAGGACAUCGAUGAUGAUGACUACCCAUCGUCGGAGAGCGAUGCCGAGAUCGACGUUCACGCGCCGCCCGCCGAGUCGCAGCGGCUUCUGGCGGCAGACGAGGAUGCGAAUGCAACGCAAGACCGAGCCGGCCCAUCGAUACCAGCUCAAGUAGCUCGAGCACACGGCCGCAAGCGACAGACACCGCUCAAGUGGACCGAGAUCAUCUGGGUCUCUUGCACGCUCUCGCUCAUUGCGAUUCUGGGCUACUCGUCGCAGCUGUGCAUCAUGCUGCCGUACUACAACAAGACGCCGUCGUUCUCGGCGCAAGCACUCGCGGCGGUGCUGGUGCCGUUCAACCUGGGUCUGCUGGGCAUCUUCUACAACUACUACCUGUGCGUCACCACUGAUCCGGGCAGCGUGCCGCACGGGUAUCAGCCCGAAUGGUCGGCGCUCGAGCCCGUCUCCUCCCCGCAUCACCAUCCCGGCCCACACGCCGGCGCUGGCGAGAUGGAGCCGUCACUCGAGCUGAAGCAGGCGAUCUAUCGGCCGCGGUACUGCAAGACAUGCUCCGCCUACAAGCCUCCGCGUUCGCACCACUGCAAGACGUGCGAGCGCUGCGUGCUGCGUAUGGACCACCACUGUCCCUGGCUUGCCAAUUGUGUGGGCCACCACAAUUACGCGCACUUCCUCCGGUUCCUCUUCUGCGUGGAUGUGACGUGUGCGUAUCAUCUGUGCAUGGUGUCGGCGCGCGUGCUGGAUCGCUUCAACGCCUACACGUACUGGCGCGAGCCGAGCACGCGCGAACUCAUCUGGCUCGUGGUCAACUAUGCGCUGUGUCUGCCCGUGCUGUUGCUCGUGGGCGUCUUUAGCGCGUACCACUUCUACUGCACCGCCAUCAACCAGACCACCAUCGAGAGCUGGGAAAAGGACCGCACAGCCACCAUGAUUCGGCGCGGAAGGAUUCGCAGGAUCAAGUAUCCGUAUCAUCUCGGCGUGGCGCGCAAUGUGCGCUGCGUGUUGGGCGAUAACGUGCUCACCUGGUGUCUACCCGGUCAGGCUGCGGGUGGGGAUGGACUGAAGUUCCCCGUGGCUCCGGGGCUAGGACGAGGUGCACUUGUCGCCCCGGCCGCACAAGCAGUCUCCCUGAUCCGUGUACUUUCCCCCCGCGCCCUCUCUUCAAUCGAACCGUGCAUCCUUGCUUCGCAGUCCGAGCUUGUGCUAACAUCGUCUUUCUUGCGUCCUUUAGAUGAGGCGAGUCAGUACCGAUGGCCACCCAAGGAUCCUGCCAAGACUAUCCACCACACCGCUCCGCCGGCUGUGUACGAGCAAUCCUCGGGUUGGUACGGCGAACCUGCGGCGCCGCAUUUGUUCCCACCCGGUGCCAGCUCCAAUUCCCCCUUCACCUACGGCGAUGGCUUCAAUCCCGCCCUUCGACCUUCGAAUCAGACCUACACCCAGAGUGAGGUCGAGUCCGAUGUCGAGUCCGAUGUCGAGUCGGACGUCGAUGACGACCAUGCAGACCAACUGCGCCGCAGAGUAGCCGUUCGUCGCGGUUCAGAAGGUUACGAAGUACGCCCCGUCGCUCAGUGGUCCAUCUGA